CUGCUUUUACGUAGAUAAAACUGAUUUAAAUGCAGUCUCUAAAACGAAAGCUAGCAAAUGUUUUGCACAGUUUAGAUGAAAACGGGAAACAUAUUUGUCGGUUGAUAUUAAAAAAGUUCGGAAGAAUAUUAAAGAUGUAAAAUUAACAGAAGAUGGCGUAUUUUGAGAAACCGAUGCAGAAGUUGUCAAAGAGUUCAAAUUCGUUUCACAUCAAGCGUCCGAUGAACGCGUUCAUGGUAUGGUCUCGUCUGCAGAGGAAGAAGAUCUCGUUGAUGAAUCCGAAGUUGCACAAUUCAGAAAUAUCUAAGCGUCUCGGCUUGGAAUGGAAGAGUCUAGAUGAAGCGGAGAAACGUCCGUAUAUAGACGAAGCUAAACGGUUGCGGCUAAAACACAUGAACGAUUAUCCAGAUUAUAAAUAUCGUCCACGUAGGAAGAAUAAGUUGGAGACACAUUAUCCGAACGCAGUGUAUCAAAGAGAAGCUUUUAUUGAGAUGGAGCCGCGUCCAGAGCCAUAUCAGGUUACGGCAUACUCUGACCAGUAUAUGUAUAACAAUAUGAUAAGUUAUACAGUCCCAAUAAAUUCUGGCUCUGUACAGGCUUCGUUCAUAUCUCCUGCGAGACCGAAAGAGGAAAUUCCGAUAGAUGUUCGUCCUCUUCCCUCAAUUGAGAGUAUUUCACCAAGGCCGUUUGCGGUUGUCAACCAGCAAAUGAUGGUGAAGGCGUACCCCAACCUACAUUAUGUCCCGGAAGAUGUACCUAGGAUAUCGUAUUACCCGUUCAGCGUACAAUAGACUCUACUUGCUUUUUAGUAUUAGAGUUAUCUAGAUUUGUUUGUUACCAGUUUUGAGGUUUGAUGUACCUUUGCAUCAUUUAUUUAUUUAUUUAUUUCAUAAGGUAGUAACAUCAACGGCACAGCUGCUGUUAGCACUAUUUACAAGUUUGAUAUACAUAGUAAAGUUGAACAAUUUAUACUAUGUUAAGUUAAACAAAUAAAGUGUCGACCAAAAAGUAUGAUGAAGAUGACCUUAAUUACAUUUUAAUUGUAACUCUAACGACAUAAUAAUUAAGUUUUAAAAUUUAAGUUAUUAUUAAGUGAGAUCUAAAUAUUUUAAUACAGUCCAUUUUAAAUAGCGAUAUGGAAAAUGUCUAUAUUACAAUUAUUGGUCUUAUUUUCUUUUUAAGUUUUCUAAGUUAGUAAGUUAGUUCUGCAAAUUGUUGGGCUAAAAUUGUUUUUAUGAGGAAUCUUGGUCUUUUACUUGGGAACCGUAAGUUUUAUAUUUUAUUUUAAGACAUGGAUAUUAUGAUUGUCCCGUGUAUAAUUUUAUAUGAUGUUAACACAAUCAUUUAUCGUCAUAUUGCCUAUGAUUUCUUAUUGAAAUGAUCGAGUAUUGUUUUAUAGUCUGAUAGAUGUUUGUCCGCGAUGGACUCCUAAAAUAAUGAACGGAUUUAAAUGGGGAUUACUUCAUGGAAAGCAGUUUAGUCCAACUUGAAAGAUAGGAUAGUUUUUAUUUCGAUUUGGAACCCAUAAUUAUUUUUAUUUUCAAUAUUUGUUUUGUAUGGACAUUUUUCUAUGAGAGAAUUGAGUGACGCACGGUUUGACAGUUCCACCGUGAAACAAUUUCAUUAUAACCACAGGGAGCAUUUUUUACGAAAUAAUUCUUGAUGUUUUGAAAUAUUAUUGGCAAAUUCCUAUAAAACAGUAUUUUUUUUUAUCUACGGAACAACUUCUGUUGGGUCAGCUAGUGUUUUUAUAAAUAUUUUCGUCUUGUAUCAUAACAAAUUUGAAUCAUUAAAUUUACUGAUAUUACUAGAAAUUAUUAUUAAAAAAUAAUACUUACAGUUUUUACUUAAAAACUAAGUACUUUUGAAUCGUGUAUACUAUUUUAUUAAAUUUACUAACUUUUGUCUACAAAAACACACAAUAAACUAGUCACUCUAUUUCGCCAAAAGAGUUUUGUACAAUUAUAACAUUUACAUAUUCAUUUCAAUUAAUUUUGAUUUGAUUUGAUUUGUAAAAUGUUAAAUGUAUUCGUAUCUUAAAUAUAGACUGUCUUACUUAUAAGCGCAAUGUAAAGUUCCUCCAAAUUUAAACUCUGUUUUUUUAAUGAUAAUAAAGCAGAAUGUUCAGCUGAUGGUAAUUGAUAAGUCCUGCCCAUUACAAUGCAGUGCCGCUCCGAAUUCUUGAAAAACCCAAAAAUUCUGAGCGGCACUACAAUUGCGCUUGUCACCUUGAGACAUGAGAUGUUAAGUCUCAUUUGCCCAGUAAUUUCAUUAGCUGCGGCGCCCUUCAGACAGUAACACAGUAAUGCUUACACAUUACUGCUUCACGGCAGAAAUAGUCGCCGUUGUGGUACUCAUAAUCUAGCAGGCAUCCGGUGCAAAGGCGCCUUCCCUGUCAUCUAUUUCUGUAGUGACAGAGAUAAGUUAUAAACAAAAAGUUUUAUACUUGGAAUAACUUUACUUCGCGUUUUUUAAUAACACAGUUAAUGUCUCCGUUGAUAAAUAAAUAUAAUAUAAUUAGUUUAUCUUUUUCCUUCUUCUGUUUUUCGGUUGAUGGCAUAUCAAAAACGUCCCUAGAAGAGUCUAAUAUCCCACUAUUACUGUCGGCUAAGUUCUUGUAGUGAUAAUGGUAAAGGUUAACUGGUGGUAAUUACUUAGGUACUAUUAAGUCACUCGCUAGCUGAUUACCUAAAAAUAUUUCUAUGCAUUCAGGUAUGUCUUUUUCAUAUAGAUUUUCAUUUUUUCUAUCCAUCAACUCACACAAAUAAAACAAAUUUUAAGAACGAUGCGGCACUCGAACCCGCGACUUUUCAUUCCGUGCGAGCUCUCUUUCCAACUGCGCCAACCAUUUGAGUAACGUAUUGUCAUAAAAUCUUGUAUGCUUUCUUCAACUCUCAGCUUGUGGCUUCAUCUAUAGGAUCUACUUUACAGUUGAUAACCAGCUCAUAUGGUCGACUUGAGAUGUCGCCUUUCAAAUCUAAAUAAUUACGAUACGUCACUCGAACGGUUAGCUUAGUUGGUAUGAGCGCACGCACGGAUGCGAGAGGUCGCGGGUUCGAUGAAAAUCUAUAUGAAAAAGACAUCCAACCUGAAUGCAUAGAAAUAUUUUGACGUAACCAGAUAGCGAGUGACUUAAUAGUUAGUAAUUACCACCGGUUCACAACUUUACCAUCACUACAAGAACUUAGCCGACAGUAAUAGUGGGAUAUAAGACUUUUCGAAAGAUGUUUUUGGUAUGCCAUCAACCGAAAAACAAAAGAAGGAAAAGGGGUAAACUCAUUAUGCAUUUAUUUAUCAACGCAGACAUUAACUGUAAUAUUAAAAAACGCGAAGUAAAGUUAUUCCAAGAAUAAAACUUUUUAUCUUUAUCUUACCUUUGUUAAUCUCAGAAGUGAGGGUUAUCAUUAUGAAACAUUACAAAAUAUCUAUCUACAUCUCAAUAUAUAUAUAUGCAUAAAAGCAGAAUAGGUUACAAAUCAUUUAUUGAAUGUCAUUUCCGAAUGAUCCGGUAACGUUUCAGAAGUAAUGUUGGUUUGAUGACGCGUCGUUUUGGAGACAGAUUGAUGGUGCCAGUAAUCGAUUGAAUGAUUGAGCUGUCGAGCUUGCGACAGAUAGAAAGAUUCGGGGAAAACAAGUGAGAAUAACUGAUUGAGAACUUUCAGCGGGAACAUUUUCUUUUUUCAUUAUUCCAUCAGGAUGAAAGAGUAUCGAGAAAAUGAAAAUCACCAUUUAUAUGAUGAAACCGAGAAUAUUAUUAUCUCAAAAUUAAUAUAACUUUAUAUAUUUAAUUAUGAAUAUUUGUAUAUAACUAUUUACUUUAUCUAUUAUUAUUUAACUUUAUACAGUUCUUAUUAUAAGAUAGGUAUGCUUUAAAGUUAGAUAAAUAUUGUUUAAGUGUCAGUCUUAGUUCUAUUUCAUUAAUUAUUAACAUUAAAUAAAGCUACAUAGCAGACGGUAAUCACUGGUUGGCUCUGCACAGGGUUUCCUAGUGAGCCAUCCAGAGGAAUUCAAUACUUUAAAGGUGCCUCUUUGUUUCUAUUUUUGAGACUGAGACUGUAAAUUUAUAUUAGGCAUG